CACCAAUUCAACUACCCGUACUUACGAACCGGCCAACGGCUAAAGACGGACCCGUUAGAUUCCAAGAAUCACGUAUCAUCGACUGCCAAAAGCCCACACUGAAGUUCCUCCUCACGCAGCAUCCGCAUUAUGGAAAACAGAAAACUAUCCGUACCAUCGGGCUGGCAAGCCCCUGCCCGGUUACAGUACAAACAUCUGACGGCCACUAUACUAAACGAGGAAGACGUGCAAGAAGACCUAGUCGCAGUCAACUCCAGCCGGGACCUCAUCCGGCGUACUCGGGGUGGCUCCUGGCCAGCCACCGAACUGACGUUAGACGAGAACCUACACGAUUUGAAAUGGCAUGCACAAGAAGCACGAGACAACAGUUCCUUUGCGUAUGCCAUCAGGAACACCCAGGGCGAAUACGUCGGCUGCUUCUACUUAUAUCCAUUUGGCAUGAAAACGAAGUGGACAGAAGAACUGGGCGGCUACGACGUGGAUGCGAACUGGUGGGUUACUACGGAAGCGUAUAGCAAAGGCGAUUAUGAGGUGUUGUAUCAGGGCUUGAAGGGAUGGAUGGAGAAAGAGCUAGCCGCUGUUGGCAGGACAUGGUGGUCGAAUGCCGAAAUACCGGCCUAGGUCAGCUGAUUCUUUCUCUCUCCAUAUGUUUUUAUUACAUGCCUCCCAGGCUACGUUUCAACCUUUCCUACUCUCACCAUUG